UCUCACUACUUCGUCCCACCCCACGCCGUUCUUCUGACCGUGCACCCACACGUCCUCUCUGAACAGUCCACCACAGUAGCCAAAGUAUGAGUCGCGGUGGAAAGCUUGCCCCCGAAGUCAAUCGAGCUCUCUUCGUAAAGAACCUGAGCUUCAACGUCACUCCAGAGGAGCUUUUUGACCUCUUUGGCAAGUUCGGCCCGGUGCGCCAAAUCCGCCAGGGUAUCGCCAACAACACCAAGGGCACCGCAUUCGUUGUCUAUGAGGACGUAAUAGACGCAAAGUCAGCUUGCGACAAGCUGAACGGCUUCAACUUCCAAAACCGUUAUCUCGUCGUAUUAUAUCACCAGCCAGACAAGAUGAUCAAGGCCGCAAAUGAUCUCGCCGAGCGCCAGGAGAACUUAGAAAAGCUCAAGCAGCAGCACGGUAUCGAUUAGCAUGAGGAGAGGCCCCAGGAAACGGUGAACUCGCGCGAGCGAAUUAGUAAUAAGAAUCCUGCGGGCCUCAAGACUGAUAGCGUACACUCGAAGCAUUCAUCGGACCGCGGCGGCGACCCACGGUCCUCCACGACGAGU